UGCUAUGGAGACGAGACAGUGGAAAUACGUGGCUGACAAUUCUGUGAUUGACCAGACGAAAAUUCCAACAAAAGCCAACUAAAAUCAAUUUAAGUACAUUUUAAUUAACAUUAAAUAUGCGAUAACGCUAUUUGGUCCGGAAGUGCGCUUCUAAUACACUCUCAAGUGCAAUAAUACGAACCCAAACAAUAAAGUAAUCGAACGACAAUAAGCUCACAGCACCCGCCACCGCCCCCGAGCAGCAACAGUAACAAAAACCGCAAUGGGUCUCUGCAAAUGUCCAAAACGUUUGGUGACCAAUCAAUUCUGCUUUGAGCAUCGCGUCAAUGUUUGCGAGCACUGCAUGGUCCAGAGUCAUCCCAAGUGCAUCGUGCAAUCCUAUUUGCAAUGGCUGCGGGAUAGCGACUAUAUAUCCAAUUGCACGUUGUGCGGCACCACGCUAGAGCAGGGCGAAUGUGUGCGUCUCGUCUGCUAUCAUGUUUAUCAUUGGGACUGCUUGAAUGCGCGACAAGCCGGUUUGCCUGCCAACACAACUCCUAGUGGCCACAAGUGUCCCAGCUGUCGUGUGGAGAUCUUUCCCACAUCGAACCUUGUUUCGCCGGUCGCAGAUGCACUAAAAACGUAUCUGUCCCAAGUCAACUGGGGUCGCAAUGGACUAGGACUUGCUUUGCUUUCAGAUGACCAGAGCAAUGCUCUAAAGGCAAAAGCAAUUCAGGCUGUUAGCAAUAUCACCAAAGUGCAUCAUCAUCAACAUUCCGCUGGAGAACGUGAGCGUGUGAAACCGAACGGCGCCGAUGCCUCCAGUCCACAUUCCGUGCUCUUAAUGGAUGCUUUCAAUCCGCCCAGCUCUGGCGAUAUGCAUGCGACAAGUAGCCGACGUCCGUUGUUGCCACGUCAAUCGCCAAUUGGCGGCACCGAUCGCGAUGAUAACAAAUAUCAGCGCCGCACACCAGCCGAGCUUUUCUCACGCUGGACACGUCGCUUCUAUGCGCCAUCUUCGCGACCACCUUGGCGACGCACCUGGUUCCUGGUGCUCAGUGGCAUUUUGGCAUUCAUUAUGUUUGUGUAUUUGAUGGCGCUGCUGGGACGCGGCAGUGGCAACGAUGGCUUGGACGACAGCUGGAACAAUCCAAAUCCCAAUCCGAAUCAUUAUGAAUAAGUUGUGCUCGUUCUCCCUCCCUCCCUACACACUUAUUUAUGUAAUCCAGAUAUACGAAAUCUAUUGAUAGCUUUUCAAAGAAAACAAAAUAAUAAUUUA